AUGGAUCACCUCAAGCUAGGCUAUGAAACGGUGCUGAACUGCACUCUCACCCAAUUGCUUACCUCUGCCGUGUUAAUUCUCCCGACUCUCCUUGUUCUGAAGCUCUUGGUUUCUUCUCUGUUCUCCCAAGAUGAACGGCCGGUUACAUUUGACGUGCCCCUACCCAGAGAACUGAGUCCCGAAUGGAGAGGUGUUGCCUGGGAAGAUAUCAGUAAAGAGUCCCGGGAGAUAUUGACCUCCCAAAGUACAACUGGAACGUUCAGCGAAAAGAAAAUUCUGAGUUAUUGCCCUGCUGAUGGACGUUUGCUGGGAGACGAGAAUGGUAUAAUACCAGCUACGGCAGAGGAUAUCGAUAGAGCGUUCAAACGGGCUUCAGCUGCAUAUCUGCAAUGGAGGGAAACAAGCUUUGCGGAACGCAGAAGAGUGCUAAGGACACUACUGAAGUAUAUCCUUGAACACCAGAAUGAAAUCGCAACCGCCUGCUGCCUCGACUCCGGUAAAACAAAAGUGGACGCUUGCUUUGGAGAUAUAAUGGUUACGGCUGAUAAAUUAAAAUGGACAAUCGACCAUGGUGAAAAGUCGCUACAGACGGACCGUCGCCCAACGAAUCUACUUAUGAUGUAUAAGAAAAACACUGUACGAUAUGAGCCCCUCGGCGUUGUGGGGGCUUGCGUGUCUUGGAACUAUCCAUUCCACAAUCUGAUUUCGCCGGUUAUCAGUGCCAUAUUUGCCGGAAAUGCCAUCAUUGUUAAACCAUCUGAGCACACAGCAUGGUCAUCGGUCUUCCUAUGCGAUAUCAUACAACGCGCAGUUGUCAGCUGUGGCCAUCCAAAGGAUCUUGUCCAGACCGUCAUCUGCCUACCACAGCAUGCCGAUGCAAUGACAUCUCACCCGUUGCUGCGGCAUCUCAUUUUCAUUGGAUCAAAACCUGUUGCCCAUGAAGUUUGCAAGUCAGCUGCAAAGGCUCUGAUUCCGGUCACUGUGGAGCUAGGUGGAAAGGAUCCCGCCAUUAUCCUCGAUGACCCUAAAACCAAAGGUGACCUCCCCAGUAUUGCCUCCAUUAUGAUGAGGGCGGUGUUUCAAUCUGCUGGCCAGAAUUGCAUUGGGACCGAGAGAAUAAUUGCACUUCCCAAUGUAUACGACGAGCUGCUUGAAAUUGUCACCCCUCGUAUCAAAGCGCUUCGCCUUGGAUCUGCCCUCUUAGACGGGAAGGGUGAUCUAAAAGCGCAGAAACUUCCUCACACUCCCGACGUUGGUGCUCAAAUAUCCAGCAGAUCAUUUGACCGUCUUGAAAGCCUGAUAUCCGAGGCAGUACGAGACGGAGCUAGGUUGAUACAUGGAGGGAAAAGAUACAACCAUCCCGACCACCCCCAUGGUCAUUACUUUAUGCCAACACUACUUGCCGACGUAACUACUGAAAUGAAGAUUGCCCAGACAGAGUUAUUCGCACCCGUCUUUGUUAUGAUGCGAGCUAAAACGGUAGACGACGCUAUUUCCAUCGCAAACUCUAUCAAGUAUGCCCUUGGCUCCAGCGUCUUUGGACAUAACAGGGCAGAUGUCGAAAGGUGUAUCUCCCACCUCGAUGCGGGAAUGGUUGCAGUCAAUGACUUUGCUACCUUCUAUGCCGUUGGCCUGCCUUUUGGUGGUGUAAAGGAUAGCGGUUAUGGAAGAUUUGGUGGCGCCGAGGGCCUCCGAAACCUAAGCAACCUUAAGGCCAUUUGCGAAGACAGGACAUUCAUCCAGACUAAAAUCCCACCGCGACUAGACUAUCCGAUUCAGAAGGGACAAGGCAGAGGGGAGGAUGGUGAAGCUGCAUGGAAUAUGUGCCAGGGAGUAGUGGAAACUGGAUACCAGCCAUCUCUCUCUGGAAAGAUAAGUGGAGUACGGAAAAUUUUGGGCAAUAUGUAA